CAGUAUGUACAAACCAUCGGGGAUGCCUCCUUACCCAACUCAGAGCUUCCAUUUUGUUCCUGCCUUCCCACCACAGGAUGGUCAACGGCCAAUCGGCCCUGUCCCUGUGCCACAUACAGGGGUGGAGCCUCAACAAGCCCCUCCCCGACCAGCAGCACCAGCUUUUGGACUCAUCACUGACCUUCCUCUUCCGGUACCAACUGCUGACUCACAGUCCGGUCUGAAUGGACACAUAUACAAGAUGCCUGAGAUCCCAGAUACCUUUCCAGAACUGUCUGAGAUGAGUGUUUCUCAACUGAAGGACAUGAGCGAUCAAGAUGACAUGCUCUUGGAGUUCUUCAUGUGUCUGCCUCAGCUCAAACAAGUAACCUCUGACAAAGAGGAGCUGGUCAACAACAUCGUAGAGAUAGCCAAGAAGAACCUACAGCUCGAGCCUCAACUGGAGGGCAAGAGACAAGAGAUGUUGUGUAAAUAUGAACAGUUAACCCAGAUGAAAUCGGUAUUUGAAACCAAAAUGCAAAGACAACAUGAGCUCAGUGAGAGCUGCAGUCUGAGUGCGCUGCAGGCCAGGUUAAAGGUGGCAGCCCAUCAGGCUGAAGAGGAGUCUGAGGAGACAGCAGAGAACUUUCUGGAAGGAAAGACAGAUAUCGAUGACUUCUUAACCAGCUUCAUGGAAAAGAGAACGCUUUGCCAUUGCAGAAGAGCCAAAGAGGAAAAGCUCCAGCAAUGCAUGACAGUUCCCUACCAUACUUUAGAUUAAAUGCCCCAAGUUUGGGAUCAAUCUACCAGCAGACCGGUGAGCUUAAGAAAAGCAGCUCAUCAUGUGGCCUACAGCCUUGAGUGGGCAAACCUAGAUACGUAUGAAAAAGAGAUUUCAGCAUCAUUUCCUGAAAUCAAACUGAUUUUUGCACAGAAUUUCCAAAAGCAUCACAUUCCCCUGGUCGAGUAGGCCAGAUGCGAGUACGUCUGGAUGUGGCCAGUCUGGCUGUGACUCAAAAGCUGUAAUCAGAGGAGAGCAAUCUGUUCUUAAUCGUGUUCAGAAACAGGAUGAGUUCUAAGCUUAUUAGUUCGGUUUGAGUUUAUGUGACAAAUGGGGUUGGGCCUUGUACGCACUUGAAGAUAAUUUUGAAAAAUGUUAAUGCUGCCGACAAAAACAUACUGUAUUUAAUAAUGUUGAUAAAAGCCUUCAUUAUAAUUAGAUAUUGUAUUAUAUGUUUAUUUAAUUUGAUAGGUUAAUAAAACAUUUAUCUGAAAAAAUCAACUUCACC